AUGGGCGGCAUCGAAGUGACAUUACUGGGUAGUAACUUUUCUCGCGAAGCACUGGUUAAUUGUGCGAUCGGAUUUGGUCAAAAUGUCGUCCUCUUCGCUGGUGCUAAUGCAUCCACCACGUUGAGUGCCGGACAAGCAAGUUCGUCGACUGGCAAUGGACUUGGAGUUGGUGCUCAGGUCUACAAUGACAAUGUCAUUAUUUGCAUGCUCCCUCCCAGUCCCGUGGCUGGACCUGUUGAGGUGAAAUUUUUCGGUCUGCCGGCACCCAUGCCUGGAUUAGGACUGCCAAUGGGAGAGCCGCCUGCGCCCAUUUUUACGUACAUUGAAGAGGAAGAAAAGGACUUGAUGAUUCACGCUCUUCAAAUUCUCGGAUGGCAAAACUCUGGACAAUGGCAAGAUGCAAAGAGCGUGGCCAUGAAUAUUCUUGGAAACCAGAACCAAGCCAUGGGCGGCAUGAUGGGCAUGGAAGAUUCGUCCAACGCAGAUCUAUCUUCGCUCAUUGGCGGCUUAGGCUUUUCUGCAACACAAGGCAAGACUGCAAACAAAGGAGGACUGGCCCGCCAAGCUACCCAGAGCAACAUCAAUCAGAUCGAGCUUGGUGUCUGGAACGUUCUACGACGUGCUCAGCACCCGGCCACUGGCGUCAUCAGCCAUAUAUCGACGCCUCAUCCUGUCACUGGUCGAACACUUUUGCACAUUGCUUCUGCCCUCGGAUUCUCCAAACUUGUCGCCGCAUUGAUCGGCUGGAAAGCCAAUGUAGACAUUGCCGACAAGAAUGGCUUUAGUCCUGUUCACUUUGCGUGCUUCUAUGGACGGACAGAAUGUGUGGAUAUUCUUGUCCGGAUAGGACGUGCGCACCUUGAAGGCCGGGAUUUGCAGGGUCGAACUCCCUUCGAUGUGUGCGGAACGGAGCAGGUUAGGGACUUCGUUUUGGAGCUCGAAGAAGAAGUGGAGACGAGACGCCGAAAGUCCACUGCUCCGAGUGAGAUUGAGAGCGGUGGUGAAGGUGACGACGAGAAGUAUACAACAUCCGAAGCUGACUUUGAAGAGGAGGAAGAGGAGGAAGAUAGUUUCCAACAACCUGAACCAGUCGGGGAGCCUUCCCGGUCUGCAUCUCGUCGUGUUUCUCGCGCCAACUCCCUGGCAUCGAUCGCCUCCAAUCGUAAGGCAGCUCGUCCUGCUAUUCCAUACGGACAUGAAGAUCUUCAGCCACUUUCUAGUAUCCAUCCCGCAGACUCCAUACCCAUUCCGCCCGCAAGCCCUUCAUCCUCAUCAUCUUGGGGCCUCCCGCGCAACAUUCCCAUGCCGUGGCAGAUGCAGUUCCCUGCAGGUUGGCAGUUCCCGAACGUGCCCACUAUGCCACAGUUCGUUCGUCGUCGCUCAGUAGAAGGUGAAGAUGGCGACAAGACACAGCAAAAGGAGAAGGAAAUGUUUGACUGGAUGUGGAUGCAAUAUCUUCGCAAUCAAUGGAACCUGUUACAACAGCAACAGCAAGGGGCGCAACAAGCCCCAGAUUCUCAAGAGAAGCGAGGAUCCCCGAAUACUCACACCGCUCCAGCCACGCCUACCAUAGUGGACGAACCACCUUCACCUCUAUCCUUGGACCCACCCUCGAAAUUGAGCGUCCCUUCCUCGUCCUCUACCAAGAUUUAUCCC